UGCCCCCUUCGUCCUGCCACCCCCCUCGGUGUCCCGGUCCCCCCGGUGCUCACGGUCCCGCCCCGCCCCGCCCCGCCCGAGCAGAGCACGGCGACACCGCCACCGCGGGGACCGGAGCGGGCAGAGCCGCUGCUGGGGCCGCGACAGCACUGGGACCGACACCGCCAAACCGCGACAGACCCCGACAGCGCCGGGAUCGGAGCGGGCAGAGCCGCUGCCGGGUGCGACAACACCAGGACAGACCGACACCGACAGACACCGACAGACACCGGCACCGACACCGACAGCGCCGCCCCUCUGUCACCAGGAUGCUCUCCAUGUCUCAGCCGAGCCCGGAGCCGGUGCCCAGCCCGGAGGAGCAGGAGUGGGCAGGACCCGAGGCGCUGUGCCCGGGCUGGCUGGAGGACGAGGCCCCCGAUGGCGAAGUGCCCGGGGACAGCGGGGACCCCGACUCUGCCACCCACGCCUACGAGCGGCUCCAGAGCGCCCUGUGCCAGGAGGGGCUGCCCCCCACGCUGGACUGCUCCGCGGAGCCCCGCACGGGAUUUGGCCCUCUGGACAUGACCGUUUGCAUCCUGGGCUCCCCCACCCCCUUCCUGCCUGUCCUGCUGGAGGGUGGUACCCGCUGCCCAGGUGCCAUGGUGCUGUGCCUGUCCCCCACCUGGGCCAGCCGGGUGCCAUCGGAGGUGUCCCCAGGCUCCUGGUCCCUGCUGCUCUCCCGGGGUGUCUCCUUCAAGGUGGGGGGGCACAGCGCCCUGGAGACCUUCGUGCCCCCCCGCCGUGCCAACUACGUGACGGGCACCUUCGCGCCGGGGGACCCCGAGGGCGGCUGGGUGGGCGAGCUGGCCCGUGACCUCGACUGCCCCACGGGGGGCUCGGUCCCGCUCGCCCACCGGCUCGAGGACACGCUGGUGGCCCGCUGGGUGCUGGCGGCUCGCGCCAACCUGCCUGUGCCCCCCACCCUGGCCUUCGUCCUGGGGACCAGGGGCGACCUGCCCGCCGAGCCCGCGGCCCCCGGGGUGAGGCUGGUGCGGCUGGAGGACCCCCAGGGCCAGCAGAGCCUGGUGCAGGAGGAGGUGGGCGCCUUCCUGGGGGGCACCGCCAUGGAACCCUACAGCCAGGUGGUGGUGCGGCCGGCGGGGUGGCGGUGGCGGGGGACAGGCACCCGCAGCACCCACAGGAAGGAGGAGGGGGCGGCGGUGGCGCAGGCGGUGGGUGCCCGGCUCCGGGGGCUGACGGAGGAGGACAGCGUCUUGCUGGAGGCCAUGGUGCCCACCGCCCGCCUGCCCGUGCCCCCCCCACGCAGCCCAGCCCCGCGGCUGCCCAUGGCCCUGCGCAUCUGCACCCUCGUCUGUAGGUCCUGGGGGGACCGGCCUCAGCUCUGCCAGGUGGCCUGCGCCGUGGGACGCGCGGAGAGCCCGGUGCGUCACGGCGCGGCGCUGCCCCAGGGCCUGGACUCCAGCCUGCAGCAGUGGGGGGUGGUGGCCCCCAGCCAGCGGCAGGCGCUGGCCGCGCGGCUGCGGGAGGCCACCGAGGCCGCCGUGGCCGCCCUCCUGGCCACCGAGGCCGAGCUGAGCCCGCAGCAGCGCGGUGGCACCCGUGCCCACACCGACAUCCUGGGCGUGGACUUCCUGCUGGCGUGCGUGGAUGACGCGCUGGAGCUGGUGGCCCUGGCCACCAACAGCCGGCGAUGCCUGGAGACCUGCGUGCUGGCCGAGGCCAUGGGGCGCGGCGUGGGCGAGCCCCGCGGGGACCUGCCGCGGCUGCUGGCCGAGGCCAUGCUGCACCGGGCGCAGUGCCACCUGGUCGAGGGCAAGGACAUCCUGCUCAUCGGGGCCGGGGGCGUCAGCAAGAGCUUCGUGUGGGAGGCGGCCCGCGACUACGGGCUGAGGAUCCACCUGGUGGAGUCGGACCCAGAGCACUUCGCGGCGGGGCUGGUACAGACCUUCCUGCCCUACGACAGCCGGGAGCACCGGCGGGACGAGGAGCACGCGGAGCGGGUGCUGGAGCUGCUGCGCUCCCGGGGGCUGCGGCCCCACGCCUGCCUCUCCUACUGGGACGACUGCGUGGUGCUGGCGGCCCUGGUGUGCCAGGGUCUGGGGCUGCGCGGCCCCGCGCCCGCCGCCGUGCGGGUGGCCAAGCAGAAGAGCCGCACGCACCGGCACCUGCAGCGCUGCCGCCGCGGCCGCCCGCCGCCCGCCGCCUUCGCCGUGCCCUGCCGCCGCCUGCAGAGCCACGGCGACGUGGAGCGGGCGGCGGGCGCCGUGCCCUUCCCCGCCGUGGCCAAGCUGGAGUUCGGCGCGGGCGGCGUGGGCGUGCGGCUGGUGGAGAACGCCGGGCAGUGCCACGCUCACGCCGCCCGGCUGUGGAGGGACCUGCGCGACGACGCCGACCACCCGGGCAUCGGGCUGGGCUGGGGCAACGCCAUGCUGCUCAUGGAGUACGUGCCGGGCACCGAGCACGACGUGGACCUGGUGGUCUUCGAGGGGCGGCUGCUGGGCGCGUGGGUGUCGGACAACGGCCCCACGCGUGUCCCCGCCUUCCUGGAGACGGCGGCCUGCCUGCCCUCCUGCCUGCCCGCCGACCGGCAGGCGCAGCUGGUGCGGGCGGCGCUGGAGUGCUGCCGGGCGUGCGGGCUGCGCGACGGCGUCUUCAACGUGGAGCUCAAGCUGGGGCCGGCGGGGCCGCGCCUGCUGGAGAUCAACCCCCGCAUGGGGGGCUUCUACCUGCGCGACUGGAUCCGCGAGGUCUACGGCCCCGACCUGCUGCUGGCCGCCGUGCUGGUGGCGCUGGGCGUGCCGCCGGUGCUGCCCGCUCGCCCCGCGCCCCGCACGCACCUGGCCGGGGUGAUGUGCCUGGGCUCGGAGCACGGCGAGACCCUGGCGGGCGGCGGCGGCAUGGAGGCUCUGCGGGAGCUGCACGGCCGCGGGCUCGUCCGCCUCAACCGGCUCUUCGAGGAGCCCGAGGGGGCCGGCGAGUACGAGGAGCCGCUGCUGAGCGUGGCGUGCGCCGGGGCCACGCUGGCCGAGGCCUGCGAGCGCCUGCUGGGGCUCUGCCAGGGGCUGGGCAUCGACUCCCCGCGAUAUCCCGUGGAGCAUUUCUUGUCCCACUUCAAAUAGCGCCGGGCAGGCAGCGGGGAGAGCGGGGGAAUGGGUGCCCUGGCACGUCCCGGCACCCCCUCCCGCCGCCCCGCCGCCCCUCCCCGGCAUCCCCCCAGCACCCCAUCCCGCAGCCUGGCACCCCCGCACCACCCUGGAUCCCAGUCACCUGCACUGCCACCCCAUUGCCUAGCAUUCCCCUUCAUCCUGGCAGCCCAUCCCCUGGCAUCCUGACAUCCCACCCACUGGGAUCCUCCUUUUAACCUGGCACUCCAUCCCCUGGCAUCCCCCAAAUCUCCUAGUGCCCCAUCCCCUGGCAUUCUGAAACCCUGUCUCCUGGCACCCUCCCGCUAUUCUGACACUCCCAAUCGCUGGCAUCCCCUGUGUCCUGGCACCAGAUUCCCUGGUAUCCAUCCUGGCACUUCAUCCUUCCACCGCACUGACACCCCUCACCCUAAGGAUCCCCCUCUCCCAGUCCAGGUACCCUAGCCCUGGCACCCCAAGCCCUGCUUAGCACCUCAUUCCCUGCUUCCCAGCACUCCCCCCUUUUUCCCUACCGUCCCUCCCUGUCCUCCCACCCUUUCCCUACAGUCUCUGCCCCCAGCGUCCCCUGUCCCUGAAGAUGGGGUUCCCAUGCCUGGGACAUAUAGGGGGACACUGGCCCCUGCUGUCCCCGUGCCAUCCCCAGGGUGGGGGCAGCCAGGACCCCCCCGAGGCACCCGAGGCCACCCCAUGAGAGCAGCAGGUGAAGCUUCAGGUGUGUUGGCGCCUGCUGGCAUGGGGAGACCCUACAAUAACAAACCAUUAUGAGGGGACCCCAUAAUGGCAAAGAAUUAUUUGGACAUCCCAUAAUAACAAAGACGUGUGGAGACCCCACAAUAACACAUCAGUGAGGGGAGACCCCACAGUAACUGACUGAUGUGGGGAGACCCCACAACGAGACCCUUGAAGGGAAGACCCUACAAUAACAAAGUGGCAUGGGGAGAACCCAAAGUAACAAACCUGUGUGGGGAGACCCUACAAUAGCAUACCUUGAGUGGGAGACCCCACAAUAACAAACUGGCAUGGAGAGACCCUAUAAUAACAAAGGGGUACCCAGGGAUUCCCUGGAGCAGUUCGGAAAACCCUCUGGGAAGAGACUUGUGUGGGGAACCCCUGUGAUAUAGGGCUGUCACUGGGGGGGCCCUACAGCAACACCAGAGACUCUACACUAAUGCCCAGCCCCUGUAGUGUCCGGGAUCCUACAAUAACACAGGCACCCUACAAUAACAGAACCCCUGUAGUGCCUCUGACCCUACAAUAACAGCAGUGACCCUACAAUAACACCCGUGACCCUACAAUAACACCCAGAUCCUACAGCCCUCACGACCCUACAAUAACACCAGACAUCCUACAAUAACACAAAGACCCUGUAGUGCCUGAGAGCCUGCAAUAACACACAGCCACUUUAGUGCCUGAAACCCUCCAAUAAACCCCAGUCCCUGUAGUGCCCCUGACCCUACAAUAACACCAGUGACCCUACAAUAACACACAGCCCCUGUAGUGCCCCUAGUGCAUAACACCCUGCAAUAACACACGGCCCCACAAUAACAGCCGUGACCCCACAACCGCCCCGGUGCCCCGCAGCCCCACUCGUCCCUUCCAUCCCCGCGUGGGGUCAGCGGGAUGUCCCCUUCCCUUCCCGCCCCCUCCCGUGACGUCACGGCGGCGCCGCUGACGUCAGCGCGGCGCAGGGGGGCGGGGCGGGGCCGGGGACCCCAGUAAAGGCUGUGAGCGGCCGCGCUGCCUCUGUGCUGUUCCCUGCGCCACCCCCGGGCACCCCCUGUCCCCGUGUCCCCCGCGCAGGGGACACCCCGGUGACG